UUCAUAUUAUUUUGGUGGUAAAAUUGUCUACCCGGUUCUCGAAAAUGGUUACGGAUUGAUCAUCCUUACCGUUCUCAAGCUAUUUUAUUUGAUGGGAAAGAGGAAUAUGACCUUGCUCCGGUUCAUGCUAGUGGGACAGAAAUUUUGAAGCAGCUAGAAGAAGUUAAUUAUGUUUAUGGAAAAUCAAAAACGGUUCCUAAAUAAAGAGGGAGAGAAGAAGUUGAGGAUGAUGAAAUUGAUAAUGAUAAUGAUAAGGUUCUCUGAAAAAAGAAAAGUAUAUUAUUUGACUUGGAAUACUGGGAACAUAAUCUUCUUAGACACAAUUUAGAUGUUAUGCACAUUGAGAAGAAUGUGUGUGAUAAUCUCUUAGGAACUCUUUUAGAAACUGAAAAGAUUCGAGAUGAUAAGAAAGCUAGGGAGGCUCUCAAACAAAUAAAUAUAAAAUCUCAUCUUUGGCUUCAAACGCAUCCUAAUAAUGUUAAAGAGUAUAUGCCUCCACGACAAUCCUAUCAUCAUGCAAGAAAUCCUUCUUGUUGCUUUAAGAGCAUCAAAUGCCACAAAAGUUAUUGAUUCGCUUGAGGAGUUGUCGUACUUUUUUAAGAAGAUUUGUUCAACCAUCAUUGAUAAAGGAGAGUUAGAUACCAUUCAGUCAAAGCUUGUGUUGACCCUUUGUAAGAUGGAGAAGGAGUUCCUCCCAACAUUUUUCACAAUUAUGGUUCAUCUACUAAUUCAUUUAGUGGAUAAGGUUAAACUCGGCGGAGCUGUUCAUUAUAGAUAGAUGUAUCCUAUUGAAAGGUCAUUAUUUCUAAUUUCAUAUUUUCUUUUAAUUUGUUAUUUUUUUAUAUAUAAAAAUCCAUCGUCAAAUCUUCUCUUAUCUCUUUCAUGCUCAAAAUCUUCAUAUAUAUUAAGGUACUUGGCCUUUUUGAAAUCUCAUGUUAGCAAUAAAGCACAACCUGAAGGGUCUAUAGUUGAAGGGUUCCUUUUAUGGGAGACAAUUACAUUUUGCUCGAGAUAUUUAGAAAGUGUUGAGACAAUGUUCAACAGACCAAAAAGAAAUGAUGACGGGGUUCCACACAUCAAUAACUAUCUAUACAACUCAGGUUGUCGCGUAAUUGGAAAGAGAGAAAAUGUCCGUCUUGAUGACAAAAGUUUAAAGCAAGCACAUCGCUAUGUUUUACUUCAUUCGGAUGAGAUGAAACAAGUGUUUGAUGAUUUCCUGCAAGUAAAGCGGCAAGGGCAUCGAGUGGGUGAAACUGUGGUGAAUGAAUAUAAUGAAAAUCAAUGGAGACUUAACGAAUUCUCGGAUUUGUUACAAAACCAGAUCCAUAACCUAGAUGAUAGCACAGUAGAAGGAAAGUUGAGAAAAGUGUUAGCCGGUGGUUUAAGCGAUCGCGGUAAAAGGAUGAAAAACAUCAUUAUUAAUGGAUAUAAAUUUGACACCAUGGAUCGUGAACGAUUUGGAAAGACAUAAAAUUCUGGAGUGAUGGUUGAAGCCGAUGGCCAAGAGUAUUAUGGAAAACUAAAAGAAAUUUUUGAACUUGAUUACUGUGGUUCAUUUAGGGUUGUAAUGUUUCGUUGUGACUGGGUUGACAUUCGUAGGAGUUUUAAAACAUACCCGAGUGGUAGAGUUACUGUCAACUUCUCAAAGUUGAUUCACACUGGUCGAAAUUUGCAUGAUGAUCCAUUUGUUUUCUCUUCUCAAGCAAAACAAGGUUUUUAUGUCGAGGAUGAGAUACAAAAAGGAUGGCUGCACAUAAUUAAGACUAAGCCCAGGGACUUGUUUGAUAUACCCGAGGAUGAUGAGAUUCUAGAAGACUUGGGUUUUGGGUUUUUAGAAUUUAAUUUAUCAUUGUUCAUUUUUGGAUUUAUGUUUCGAUUAUGGAUUCGAGUUCUUAACUUUUAUCUAAUG